AUGAAAGUAAACACAACACUCCAAACAAAUUUAAAUUCUUUAACUUCUUCAAGUACAAGUUUGGGUAAUUUAUUUGUUUCUAAUGAUGGAAUUAGUGCAAAAUUAACACAAGAUGGAGUUUCUGGCUCUGUUUUGCUUCUAAUUACUUUUUUAAAAUUAUUUUCUUCUGCAAAACAGGGAAAAAUAACAAAAGAAGGAAAUAAUAUAUUAAGGGUUAAUUAUGAUUAUGACUUCAUUGGAGAUAAAAAGAUACAGCUUACUAUUCAUUGGGAUUCUAAAAGUCAUCAAAAAUUGGAUUUUUAUAAUUUUUAUUGGAAAAAGCCAAAAGAUUUAAAUUCUUUACAUGAUUCGAUUAAUUUGGGAUCAGACAAUUCUGUCCAUUGGUAUGGGGGAAUGAAUACACACGAACAAUCUUGGCCAAUAAAAAAGAAUGAUUAUAAAUUAACAGAAUUUGUUACUAAUGAUGUAUUUCAAACUGGAGUAACAGGUCAAGAACGUUAUUGGCUUUCAUCUAAAAAAGUUGUGUUAAAUGUUCCUUGGAGUGUUCCGCUUUACACAUCAUUACAAAACAAUGAAUUAGACUUACAAUCAAAAUUAGAUGCAAAUUCUUCUUUUUUACUUCGUAACAAUUUCCUUGAAUAUACUUUAGCUGUGCCUAAAGAAUGGGAAAAAAUUUCAUUAAAAGAUUUUCAUCAAGAAUGCUUUGAAUUAUUUUUAGCGGCACCAACUGCACAUCCAAGUUUGGACAUAAUUAAUAAACCAAUUUGGUCAACUUGGGCUAAUUUUUGGAAGGCUGUUGAUCAAGAUGGGAUAUUAGAAUAUGCUAAACAAAUUUCUGAUAAUAAUAUGCCUAUUUCACAACUUGAAUUGGACGAUAUGUGGACUGUCUCAUAUGGGGAUUAUCAAAUUGAUAAACGAAAAUUUUCUAAUUUUCCUGAAAUGUUAAAAAAGCUUGAAAAUGAAUUUGGAAUUAAAAGACUAAGUGCCUGGGUGCACCCAUUUGUUGAUGCUGACUCUGAAGUUGGAAAGGAUCCUGAAUUGCGUAAUAAAUUAUUUGUUAAAAACAGAGAUGGAGAUGUACCUCUUGUUUGGUGGUGGGAUUGCCCUGUUAAACCAAGAGAUCCAUCAAAACCUGUUGGGCCAACAAAUCCCGACAUAAAAGAACCUUGUUCUUAUGUUCUUGAUGUAACAAAUCCAGAAACUCGGGAAUGGUGGUAUAAACAAUUGGAAGCUAUGAAAGCGGAAGGAAUUUGUACUUUUAAAUUUGAUGCUGGUAUAUAAUAAAUUAAAUUAUUUGCAAAUUAAUAUUUUUAGGAGAAAUUAAUUGGUUACCACAUA